AUGAAGGAUACCGAGCAAUAUUGUACAGCAAAGAUGCAGUUCACAUCUGAAGAAGCCUAUGCUCGUCUCAUUAGUCAUAAUAUGACUGUACCACAGCGUAUCAAGGCAACAGGCGACAUAGUUGAUGAUGAAAGUUCCCCUAAUGGGAUAGUAAGUGGUUGGGACUAUGCUAAUGAAAAAUUUGAUAUGAAUGUACCAGAAAGAAUACUAGUUGUUGGACAAGAUCAGCAUAUAGGUACAAAAGCUCCCCCAAGGGAAAUUCAAUUGGAUAAUGCUGUGCUGCCAACAGAUCCUGGUAUGAUACGCGUUAACACUCCUCCGCGGGUGAUAACUCUCGACCAGCACUACUUCCCUUCGGCUGAUGACUUUCUCGCUGAUACGGCUAGCUCACCACCAAGGAAUAUGCGAACGACACGCUCGCAAGGCGACGGAGCGCGGGCCGCCACACCACGUUGCGAUAAUUUUAACGAGUCGACCAUGACCGAGUCUAGAAUUGUUUUAAGAGAUCCAACGCCACCAAUGGGUAAUGGCGAGGGUCUUUCAACUUCUGAGGAGCUGGUUCAUUUGAGAAGACAGAUCGUCAAAUUAAAUAGGCGUGUCAUGUCCAUCGAGGCUGAACAAUUACAACGUCAGCAGAAGGAAAAAAUAGCUUACGCUAUUGGAAUUGCUUACUUAUUGUUCAAAAUGAUUGCUUGGCUCAAUCGAUCUUAA